GAAUAAACGCAAAGCACGUACUGAAAAAACUUCAAAGUCGGAACACGAACUGGUCAAGAGAAAAUAAACUCCGAUAGCCCAGUACUAGAACUCCAUUCGUAAACCCCCCUGCUCCCUAUCACUCGCCCAAGAUGGCCGGCUCUAGCGGCGUCAAUUUCCCUUCGGACCCAAAAAAUCCGACCGGUCCCCGGCCCACCACGGAUCUCAACAAGGGCGCCUUUGUCGCCGCGGUGGCGAAACAGGACGCGAAACUCGCGGAAGAGAUCACAAAAGUGAAGAACUGGCGUUUUGGAUACAGCAGCCACGUGCUGAAGCAGACCGAGCUCGCCUGCAAAAGCUACGACACGGCGUUGAAUAUCGCAAAUGACGGGCUGGACUACCUGCACACUACGAUGGUCUUCGAGCGCGAUGGGAAGGAGCUCCCGGUCCGCGAGGCCAUGGCCAAGUACUUUUCGACGAAGUCGGACAAGCUGUUUACGGCAAUCGUGAAGGGAGAGAAGAAGCAAACCUCCCCAAUCGGGCUGGAGGUUCCGUACGGAGGCAAGGUGCUACGAGGGAACGC